CAGUAACAGGACGGAAAAGAAGAAGAAGAAAGAGCCAGUGAGAGUCGAACGUGAUGUUUUCGUCUUCAUAUUAAACAUGGCGGAGACUGAGCAGCCGUCAGGCUCCUCUCAUGAGGAUCACAAGUCUCUCAAUCCUGCCAGCUUUAAAUUCAUGGUACCAAAGAAGGAGAUCAGUAUGGUAACUGAUAUGGGCAAAUGGAAAAGAUCACAGGCAUAUGCAGACUACAUUGGAUUCAUUCUGACCCUGAAUGAGGCUGUGAAGAGAAAGAAACUUACAUGCGAAUACCAGGUGUCUGAGACAGUGGAGAAGUUACUCACAUUGUUGGGGACAUUGGAUCGCUGGAUUGAUGAGACGCCACCAGUAGACCAGCCUUCUCGCUUCGGAAAUAAAGCUUUCCGCACUUGGUAUGCCAAACUAGACCAGGAGGCAGAGUCUCUGGUCACUGCCGUUCUCCCAUCAGAACAGCAUGAUGCGGCUCCAGAGAUAGCUGUGUACCUGAAAGAGUCUGUAGGGAACUCCACCAGGAUUGAUUAUGGCACAGGUCACGAGGCUGCGUUUGCUGCAUUCCUCUGCUGUCUCUGUAAGGUGGGAGCCCUGCGCCCAGACGACCAGUUGGCCAUCAUAUUUAAAGUGUUUGACAAGUAUCUCAGAUUGAUGCGCAAACUGCAAAAAACGUAUAGGAUGGAGCCAGCAGGAAGCCAGGGUGUGUGGGGUCUUGACGACUUUCAGUUUAUUCCCUUCAUAUGGGGAAGCUCACAGCUUAUAGACCACCCCACCCUGGAGCCCAAGCACUUUGUGGAGGAGAAAGUUGUAAAUGAGAACCAUCAAGACUACAUGUUUUUUGAGUGCAUUAAAUUCAUCAAUGAGAUGAAGACGGGCCCUUUUGCUGAACACUCUAACCAGCUUUGGAACAUCAGUGAUGUUCCUUCAUGGUCCAAAGUCAAUCAAGGUCUCAUACGAAUGUACAAAGCAGAAUGUCUAGAAAAAUUCCCAGUCAUCCAGCAUUUCAAGUUUGGCAGCCUGCUUUCCAUUCAGCCAGUCAAACCGUGAGAGACGACAAGAAUCCACACCUUUUCAGAGUGCACAACUAAAACACCAACUUCAGAUGAAACCAUCUCCAAUCCCAUUUACAAGCCUGGAUUCGGAUCAUGUACCUUAGAGGUGCUCUGUUUUGCUCCUGUAGAUCCACUACCUAUAGAGUUCAGUUCCAUUUGUCACCCUACCUUGUAAUAUUGAAUCGAACUAAACUCUACGGCUUAGUAGGUCUUCGGGGUCAGGAAUGAACUCCCAUGCUCUACACAAUAUACUAGAUAUGCAUAUAAUGCAGACCCCAUUCUGUGAUUUUGCUCACUUCCUAAUAAUUAAUGCACUUAGCCUAUAUAUUUUCAUUGAACUGCUCCUAAGACACAUGCAGUAAUGAUUUUACAUUUAUUUUCAUCUGUCGUUUAUAUUUAUUUAUGUGUAAAUAACAACAGAGCUCAUCACAAUGAAUAGUUAAAGGCUUAGUUUUGGAUUGUUGUGCAGGAUUACAUUUCCUGUGUGCAAAGAUCUGCAACAAGGAACAGAGAUCUGUGAGUGUGUCUCUAAAAGCACUUCUGUUGAAGUUAUUAGUGUGAGUUGUGCCGUUAUCAAAGAUUGCUGAGGCUUGUGUUAGCUGUAAAUGAUUUUGCUAAAAGUGUCAUUUUACACGUGUAAGACAAGUCAGCCGUUUUAUUCUUGCAUUAUUUCUUUCUUAUUCCACUGAAAAAAAUACAUCUGCAAAAUAAUGGCUUCGCGUUUAAAUAUGUCACGGAAAGCUUAAGUCGUAUGAGUUUUUACGACAAUAUGUAGCUAAUGGCAUAGUCUUCCAUUUGACAAGUUUAAGCAAAAUAUAUAUAUUUUUUCCAGCAGUUUAAGCCAUUUUGUUAAUGUGCAAGGGAUAUUUUAUUUCUAAACUUCAUUCUGUGUAAAUAAAUGGUUUGAGUUUGCUUCAGAACCGUCCCUCUGUCUCAACACAGUCUACAUGGGUUCAAAGGUACAGAAGUACAGUCUGUAUGUUAAAAUAAUUGACAAAACAAAGCUUUUGUUACACAAAUGCAAUAGCAUUGCAUGAAUUUACAACUUAGUGAAAACUAAAAGAACACACUUUUUUGUCAUCACAAACAUUUAUUUAUAAAUCUUACAAAAUAGCAUUAAAUACUCCAAAUGCAUUUGAGACAUAUGCUAUGGAACAGAACUGGGUUAAAUGUUCCUGUAGCUCAGUGGUAGAGCAUUGCAUUAGCAGUCUAAUGAUAAAAUAAAAUGUAUACAUUGUAAUGCAAGUCGAUUUGGAUGAAAGCAUUUGCCAAAUGUGUCAAUGCAAAAUGUUACAUGAUCAUUAUUUUUCUUUAUCUUGGAUAGCAUAUUUUUAUACAAAAUUUUUGCAAAAUUUGCAAUGCCUAAAGGAUGUUUUUUAAUGUAACCAGUAUUUAUAUUUAGUAGAAAUAGCUAUUUUAAUCGUUAAAUACAAAUAUUAAAUCAUAAUUUUUUUUAUAUAUUUGCUUCCUUAUCAUUAUUACUUUUAAUACAAUUUUGUGACGACUCUUACUGCCAGGAACACACAACAGGCCCUGUGUUUUGCGUCAAGUCAAAACGGGGAAAGGCAAAUUCAGCAUCUGCCCAGUCACUGUCUGUCAUCCAACCGACCCACUGUGUGAAACUCAGCACAGCUUGCUGAGUAAUUGACAUAAACGCAAACGGUCGACUUU